AUGUGUUUAAUAUCGGCAACAGUGUAUAUAAUAAUUUCUGAAAAUUGGUUCAUUUGUAUUUAAAUAUGAAUGUCCUGUUGUUAUGAAUGUAACGUAGAAGUUCUUAUGUUUUUGUUAAGUUUAAUAGAUAAAUAACUAAAAUCAUGUAAAUUUUACACCCAUAACGUGAAAAUUUGUUUUAUUGUUGUUGAUUUUUAGCGUUUAUCAUGGCAGCGGCAGAGACUGUUAGUCCAGAUCCAGUUGUUUCAGUAGUUGGGCAGCCGACCAGAAUUUUCCCACCUAUUGAAACACCCACUCCUGAACCUACAAAAGAAAGUACAUUAGAAAACCUAAUGGAAAAAUUGAGAUCAAAAGUAGGGCAAUACAGGUCAUGGCCUGAAAUGUCUAAAUCUCUGAGAGUUGCUAUAACAGAAAAACGGCACCUUAUGAACAGUGGGGACAGAACACAACUACAAAGAGUAUUAGAUACCCUACAGAAAUCUAUAAAAGUAACAUCAUUGCAGUCAAUGGUUGAAAGGUUAGAAAGCAUUAGUAGGCAGGUACAAGGUGUCCGUUUUUCCAACAACUGCCCUUCUCCAGAAUUGUACAUAUACAAUGAUAUGUUUUAUGUUGAAAUUAUCUUAGAGCCUACUGGUGCAGUAAAGGAUGUUAAAAUAAAUCAUCAAGCUGACCCUACUGUAAUAGUGACAUGUCCUGAACUUGUAAAAGUUCUAAAGGCUGGGAAUUUUUCCGAGUUCACAAAACAUGUUGAAGGCCUAGCAUCUAUUUAUCAGUUGAAUGCAGAGAAGAUGCAAAAAUCGCAAGCAUUUCUUGCUCUUCAAGCCUUAGAAACAGAUCUUGGUAUGCUUGCUCAAUUAAAGAGCUCAAUAACAGAACCACGAAAUUUGGUACAUAAUUCACCUGUAGGAAUCCUUCAAAAAAGACGUGGUGGUUAUUCAUUGAAGCUAACAUAUUUCAUAUCGCCAUAUGAUCUACUAGAUGCUGAAACUAAAACAUCCAUUCCUUUAACUGCAGAAACUGUGAUAGAAAAAGGCCUUGGUCAGUCAGUUACGGUGUGCAUUGAGAGCUCUACUGCCCACAAACUCCAAACAACUUCAUUGAUAACUGUUACAAAAACUACAGAUGGCAGAAGUCAACCUCAGUUUGCUGCUUUGAGCAAUUUAAAUAGUACAAUACUACCAGCAAAUUUUGUAUUAAAAUUACCUAAACCAAUUCCGAUGGCAAUAAGUUUGGUGAAGGAUAUACAGAAUGUGACUAAUGCAAAAAUUCCUGAUUGUGGGGAUUUAUCUAAUGCACAGCCAUUAUUAUCUGUUAUCAUAAAUGAUGCCUCAAAUGGAAAACUUUCGGCUGGAGAUCAAGGUUUAUGGGUGACAUUACCUGAUCAAUAUCACUGUUACUUCUUGAAUUCCAGUCCUGAUCUUCAAGGUGUCAUGGUAUCAUCCAUUCCAUUUACUCAUCCCACUCAUGUGCCUCAAAUACUUGUCUUCUUGAGACAACAAAUGCUUUUUAAUACUGUGAUUAGUAGUUGUAUUCGCCCAGGGAGCAAAAAAGAUGCAGAAUCUCCAUUUAUGUUUGAAGGCAUGGCGUACUCAACAUCUCAUAUUCUGGUAUCAUUUGAGCAUCCUUUGGAAGAAUCAUUAGCGACUGUUGAUAUUGAUCUGAAGGACAUAAAUAAAGUUAGCUGUAAAAUUUAUACACUUAGUAGUGAUGCGACUAUGUGCACUGAUGAUUAUGCAAGUAAAGUUAUGCAGAGGUGUCUGUCUAUUCCUAUUACAAUGAGAGCAGUCAUUCGAAAAGCACAAGGACAGCAACAGCUGAUGAGGUCAUCGAAUCAGGGAGAUUCAUAUUGUGCUACUGUUAGCAGCAGUGGCUCUGUUACUUACCUUUCUCAUAUACCUAAUUAUGAGAACAGCCUUACUAAUGGUUCAACAUUUUCAGGUGGAGAUUUUUCUAAUUUAGCUUCUAGAAUGUGUAAUAAACCUUGUGAUGCCAACAGUUCGGGGAAAAUGGCAAAAAACUUGUCUGGCAGUCAAAAUUCUGAAAGCCAGAAUUUUGCUCAUUCAAAUUCUGAAAAUUCAAAUUUCAACUCUCAUGAUCUUGAAUCUGAUGCAUCUGUAUCAAAUUCCAAUAACAGUUCUAACAAUUAUACUUCUGAUAAUGAAAAAUCAAAAAACUCAAUGCAAAACAAAAAUUCGAAUUCAUCCAAUCAAUAUCAACAUAAUAAAAGACAUGCUAAUACAAUGCUCAUGAGCAUGCUCAGUGAUGUUCCCGCAGCAAAUGCCUCUAGUUCAUCUUUUCCAUUCCUUGGCAACAGUGAUAAUAAUAAUAGUUCCCUUACCGGAAGCAAAUCUCGUAAAAGGAAAAGGAGAUCUGAUAAUCGUAGUCCAGGUGGUUCCGUUGGACGAAGCCCAAAAAGGAAGUUGAGUGAAGAGGACUAUGUCAGGGACAGAUCCACUCCAGAUGGAGAAAUAUGUGAUAGUCCAUUAGCAUAUGAAGCUUGCAGUAGUCUACCUGCAUCUUUACCAUCAUCUUCUACUGAGCAGCAUAUGAGUCAUCCAGUUGGUUCUGUGGAGUCUCUAAUAAAAGCUGAACCUUCACCUGUGAAUUUUCCUCAAAGAUCUGCUAGCACUGAUAGCUACUUGAUGCAUGAGGAAUUUCAGUCCCAGCAUGUUUUAAAUGUAAAUGAUUCAAGUCGUAUGAGUGAAGGUGGUACAUCAAACAAUUCUGAACUUAUCAGAAAUUUUUCUCAAAUAAAAAAUCAAUAUUUUGGAUCUGAAAAUAUUCUUGAAAUGAAAGGAUAUCUUACUGCUUCAGAAGCUGCAAAUUAUCCUGAUCCAUCUUCAGUCACUAGUGAUGUUGAUAUGGAAGAUGACAAUUCUUUUAGUAUGGAUUCAAAUCCUCCUAAUACUGUGUCAGUAAAAUCAAACUCAAGUGAACGGCCAGCAAAGAAAAAGAAAUAUAAAGAAAGGGUUGAAAGUAUAUCUGAGAACAUUGAUUUAAAUAUCAUAAAGCAUGAAAAUAUUAGUAGCGAUGAAAGUAGCAUUGGUGAAAUGUCUCAAAAAUCAUUUAGUGAAGCAGAAAACAGUCAGUCUGAAGAUUCAUGUACAUCAUCAAAAUCUGCUGCAAGUCAUAUGUCUCAGCAAGUCUUUCUUGGAACUAGUUUAAAGAUUGCUAAAUCUGGUGAUGGUCAUAAAGUUUCUAAAAGUGAAACUAAAUUAAAGCAGAAAGAUAGCAAAAGAAGUGGUGUAGAAGGUUCUGAGAGCUCAGGAAAGAAGAAAAGUGAUGCUAAAAAGGAAAAGAAGCGUAGGAAAGCUGAAAAUUCAGGUAAUAUUUCUGGUAGAUCUCCAGUUCGACCAUUACAUUUGAAUAUAGAUUCUUCUCUUAUGCCUCCUCCAUCUUCCUCUUCUGAAACUUCUAUGAUGGUUUCUUCUUCUGAUACACAACCUAUUCGUCCAAUUACUCUUAAUGUUAAAACAUCUCCUAUAUCAUCAUCUAAUUCUAGUUAUCAGGCAAAAUCUCCUGUCUAUUCUAAAAAAUCUAGCUCCCUUAGUAGUACAUCUGGUAAUGUAUCUAAAAGCAGUAGCUCUAAAACUAGUUCUGAAAAGGCUGUAAAGCCAUCCCCACCAAGGUCAUCUCAUUUUCCUUCCAUAAAAGUUACUAGUUCUGAAUCUGAGUCAAAAAGAAGUUCUGGGCCUACUACAGUUAAAAUUCAAAGUAAACAUAAGCAAAGUUCAAGCAGUAAAAGUAAUUCUAGCAGUAGUGGAUCUACCCAUUCAGGUGGCCGCUCAUCACCUAGUAAAGUGAAAUCUGCUACUCUUAAGUUUAAGAAUUAUCCUGUCCCUUCAUCAGUUACAUUGACACCUAUUGUAACAAAAGUAACUUCUUCACCUACUUCUAUAUCUGCCUUACCUUCAUCUGAUUCUUUGGUUAUGCAAACUUCAGUUUUAAAUCCGUCAUCACCAACAGGAAAGAGUAGUUCAAGUAAUUCAAAAUUGAAUAAAUCUGUUGUACGUUCCCGAUCUCUAAAUGCAGUUAUUGAUAAACUGAAAGUAUCGGCCUCUAAUGCUCAGUACAGCAUACCAGAUGGACUAGACAAUUCUAAGUGUGAAGGUGGUACAAGAUCUGAAUCUGUGGUUGAUAGGAAAGAUUCAAAAUUAGAAAGAAAAGAAAACUGCAAAGAAUCAAGAGAUUCUUUAAACUUAUCUAAAGGAAGUGAAAGUAAAUCAAAGUAUUCCAGCUCUGAACAAUUUACAGUAAAGCAAAGCUCUCAAGGAAUCAAACUGACAGUAACUAAAACCCGAUCUGGUGAUGGAAGCUCCAAAUCCAGUAAAUCAAAGCAGUCAAAUAAAAGUUCAUCUGCUGUCACAUCAAGUAGUUCAUCCAGUGUUGGCAAAGCUACAAGUUCAUCAGGGAACAGUAGCACUUCAAAAAGUGGAAGUGCUUCUCCAGCAUCAAAAAAGAUAUAUUCAUCAUCCAAUGUCAAUGUUUCUACAAAAGUUUCUACUUCUAGUAGUAGUCAGCCCAAACAGAAUCCAACCACAUCUCAGAAAAUAUCUUCACCAUCAAGUGCAUCUGCCAUGUCACCUAGAACUGCUAAUUCUGCUAAUAACCUCUCCAAAUCCAUUUCAAAGCAUAUUACAUCAUCAUCUCAAAGCAAAGUCAGUGGAUCUGGUAAAGUAUUUGACAAAACUGAUAAAAAAUCUGUUAGUGACUUAAAAGUUGCCUCAAGUGAAAUAAAAGACAGUGUAUCUACUAGCAGUGUAAAUCUUAUUACAAGCCUUAUGCCUCCACCUGCUCCAAGUAAACCUGUUAGUGAGUCAAGCCGCUCCUCAUCUAGUGGGAGUACCCCUAAAAGAAUUGAAGAUAGCUCUCGUCAGUCGCCAAGACUUACUCCCACCAGAGAUACUGCAUUAGAUGAAUUAGAUAAUGAGAGAGCUUUUCGAAUGCUUUUAAGUCAAUCGAAAAAUGAAUCUGCCAACGGAUCAGAUCAGAGUAAUCUAACUUGUAGAUCAUCUCAGAUGCUUCAGGCUCCAGUUGAUUAUAGUAAAGAUUAUUCCAAAAUGGAAAUGAUUAAAUCAGAAUUGGAGGAGAAGGGACAGUGGGUGUCAAGCAGUAGUGACAUAAAAGCAACUAAUGCAAAUUUAAAGCAUAAUCAAGAACAAAUGCUUUUAGAUGAAGCAAACUGUAUACCAAUGAAUGAUCUUGAAUGCAAACUCAAUGCACAGAUGGAAGUUUCUUCAAGCAAGCAUGACACCAUUGUUAAUGCAAAUGUUGUUUCUUCAACCGAAGAAAUGAACAAACAGUUAGCUCCUCAGUUGAAACCUAUGAAACAAUCAAAGCGGCCAGCUGGACCUUGUAACGAAGAUAGCAGUCCAGAUGAGUGUUUAGUUAUUGACUGUGAUAAUGAUGAGAAGUGGUCCAGUCCAUGCUUAGAAUCUAGCAUUGUUUUAAAUGUUUUAGAUGAUAAACUUGAGAAAUCUGAAAUGUCACCAAGUACUUUUGCACUGAAUCAAUCAUCUCUCAUAAAAUCCCCUGCACAAAUUCUGACAUCCUCCAAUCAUUCAUUAGCUAGACCUAUAUCUUAUGCAAUAGAUGAUGACCUAAUGAAUGAAGCUGUGAUGCCCAUUGAAAAAUGACUUUCAUUUGUUUGUCCUUCAUUUCUUGUACAUAAAAAUUACACUUGUUAAAAUACAUUUCAUCAUUCAUUGACAUUUUUAUAGCUAUUUUCUGGUGCCUGAAGUUUAAGUGCAUUUACAUAUUGUGUUAAAACACAAUGUAAUAUGCAGAAUAUUUUGUGGACAUCUUUAUUUUGCUGAAGUGUGUGUUAGUCGUGUCUUUCUGUUAAACCGAUUUUUUUUUUCUCUCCAUAUGAUGUUAUUUUAAUGCUCAAAGUUUCAUGACUUUUGUACAGUUUUAAUUUAUAUUCUUUGGACAAUUUAAAUUAUGAAUUUUAACUUUGGGAAGGAUGUACUUAGGUAUAUAUAUGUAUAUGCAAAUCUCUGCAUUAAGAGUACUUAAGGCAAAACUGCAGAUAUACAUAUGCUCCUUAUUACUUUUUUAAUACUUUCUAGCAUUAAAUAUUGAAAAUUUUAUUUGUGGUUUGAGUCCACAAGUUUAUACUGUUUUACAAGGUUUUGGUAUAAAUUUAUAUUUUUAAGAAUAUACAAUUUUAAAAGGUUAAUAAAAGUUAAUUUUUAGGUUUAAAAUUUGAUUAUUUUUUUAACAAAAUUCAGGAUAUGUGGAAAAAAUUUAAAUAUAAUUAUAUGUUGAGCAUAUUAAUGGUUUUAACAUUUUCAAAUCUGUGAGUAAUUCAGAAGCAGAUAAAACAUAUUUUGGUAUUUCAGUAAAUUCAUAUAAUAUGUGUACAUAAGCAACAUUUAGAUUAAUGAAAAAUAAAAAUAAUAGCUGUUCAUUGAAAUAUUAUGCAUUGUUUUUCUCCUGGAGGUUGAUUUGCUGUGUUUACUUAUUUUCUUGGACAGUACUCUAGUCACUAGAUUAAUAGGAUUCAUCAUUCUGAGGGCUAGGAUUUGAUGAUGUUGUACAUUGCUGGUUUUGAAUAUGUUUUUAAUGUGAAUUUUGUCUUCAUUUACAAUAAAUUUUCUUCUGGUUGUCAUUUUAAAAAGUUGAGUUACUUUUCCUGUAUUAAAUUUGAGGAACCUUUUGGAGGAGGACGUUUUUUUUUUUUUUUUUUU